GAGGAUUCACACAGGUGAAAAGCCAUUUCCAUGUGUGACCUGUGGAAAAUAUUUUAGUCAAAAACAGACUUUAACUAAGCACAUGAUGAUUCACACUGGUGAAAAGCCUUUUCCAUGUGUGAACUGUGGAAAAUGUUUUAGUCAAAAACAGAAUUUAACAAAGCACAUGAAGAUUCACACUCGUGAAAAGCCUUUAUCAUCUGUCAAAAAGCGUUUUUCUUUCAAAUCUGCCUUUGAUGCUCACAAGAAAACUAAUUCAGGUGAAAAGCUUUUUUCAUGUGUGACCUGUGGAAAAAGUUUUAGUCUAAAACGGAUUUUUAUUAUGCACAUGAGGAUUCACACCGGUGAAAAGCCUUUUUCAUGUGUUGACUGUGGAAAAAGUUUUAGUCGAAAACAUAAUUUAGCUCAGCACAUGAGGAGUCACACCAGUAAAAAGACUUUUUCAUGUGUAACCUGUGGAAAAAGUUUUAGUCGAAAACAUAAUUUAAAUCAGCACAUGAUGAGUCACACUGGUGAAAGGCCUUAUUCAUGUGUGACGUGUGAAAAGCGUUUCUUUGUCAGAUCUGCUCUCAAUGUUCACAUGAGGACUCAUAAAGGUGAAAAGACUUUUUCAUGUCUGAGCUGUGGAAAAAGUUUUAGUCAAAAAACGCAAUUAACUAAGCACAUGAAGAUUCAUACAGGUGAAAAGCCAUUUUCAUGUGUGACCUGUGGAAAAAGUUUUAGUGAAAAACAGAAUUUAACUCAGCACAUUAGGAUUCAUACAGGUGAAAAGCCUUUUUCAUGUGUAACCUGUGGUAAGAGUUUUCCUGCUAAAUCUGCUCUCGGUAUUCACAUGAGAACUCAUACUGGUGAAAAGCCGUUUUCAUGUGGGAACUGUGGAAAAUGUUUUAGUCAAAAACAGAAUUUAACUAAGCACAUGAGGAUUCACACCGGUGAAAAGCCUUUUUCAUGUGUACAAUGUGGAAAGUGUUUCACUGUCAAAUUCUUACUCGAUUUUCACAUGAGAACUCAUACAGUUGAAAAGCCUUUUUCAUGUGGGAACUGUGAUCAGAGUUUCACUGGUGAAUCUUCUCUCAAUGCUCACAUGAGAACUCAUACAGAUGAAAAGUUUUUUUCAUGUGGGAAAUGUGAAAAACGUUUUUAUCAAAAACGGAAUUUAAAUAAGCACAUGAGGAUUCAUACUGGUGAAAAGCCAUUUUUAUGCCUGAAAUGUGGAAAAUGUUUUAGUCACAAACAUCAUUUAACUCGGCAUGUAAUGAUUCACACCAGUGAAAAGCCUUAGAAGUUCACUAUAAAUGGCAUUUGGAUAAAAACGUGUUAUUUACUAGAGGGCUUAAUAUCUAUAAAUUGGUGACAUUUUUUAAUUAAGUUGUUAAAUGUGAUCAUUUGUAUCUUGAAAUUUGGAUUCUUAGAAAUGUGCAUCUCUGAAACGUUUUCCUUGAGAGACAUUUUUUUUUUUUGCUGUUUUGUAAUUGUUUUGCUUACAAAAACAUUGAUUUUAUUGAUUCUACUCAUUCUUGUUUUUUAUGACUUAUUCGUGCCUUAAAAUAAGUAAUUAUUAUUUUUGGAUUAAAAAUAUUUAAUCAUUAUUUUUCAGUGUUGGAUUCACUCCUCCUAUUCCACUAGAGGGCUCUGUAGUUGCUUUGCAUUGGUACGUGAGUUUACAUGAGGAGGAAGAAAACUGAGUUUUGUUAUCUGUUAUAAACGUGCAGUUGGUGAAUUUGCUAGAGCUAAUUAGCUAAAUGCUAGCUGUGUUUUACUGCACUGUGAUAUUUAAAUGUAAAUGUUUAUUAUAUUACGAGGUGUUCUAAGAGUAAACUUUGCCUUAUAACCUGUUAGUCAAGUCAAGCCUAGCUCCUAAAUCUAUGUUUAAGUUUGUGUUUAUUGAAUAUUGUAAUACUAAGUAUUGAUGUUUUGUUUUUACUUUAUUUACAGUUUAACCGGCCUGUCCGUGUAAAAGCACUCGUUAAUAAAAUUAGCAACAACAACG